GCUGGGUUACAUUUUGGCAAACCUCUCUCGCUUCAUUUGCUGCAAGGUAAACACCAACAGUCUUUAAAGGCAGCGUCAAUCCCGUGUUUAAGGAUCUGAAGUACAUGCUAUUGUGUUUUUCUUUGUGGUAGGCGAUUGCAGACUGGCGCUGAACUGAAAAGGUGAGUGUUAUUUUUUUUCAAUGUUAUCCUUAUUGUGUCAGUCUUAAUCAAGAGCUUAACGUUAAAUUCAGUGGCUUCUUAGUAAUUGAAAUUUGCAUUAUAAGAGCAGUGACCCCAUGAGAGGCGAAAGAAAAAUGCAAUAAAAUCGUAUAGGGUGUUUCGUGCAAUGCUAUUGUAGAUCUUUUUAACUUGUAGGAAGUCAUCGGUUACAUAUAGAGACAUCGUCGGUAACAAAUAUCGCAUGUUCAUUAGUCCAGUACUUAACAAACAUCCAUGUACCGGUACCUUUGGGCUUUUCUAGGGAAAUGAGGCCUCAAAAGAGUGAGAAGUUAAGGUUUCGUAAGACAGGCUACAGAGUGCAGUGCACAAAGCAUAGCAGUGCGUGACUCACUUGAAAGUAAAACAUUCCUUCAAACGUAUUUAUUUAUAGUGCUAUCACAAUCUUUACAUAUAGACCAAAAUUACAGCAGACACCCCCGAAGUAGUUUAUAGCUAAUCGUAUUUGUUAAGUACGUAUAUUAACGAGAGAACGUUUAGCCCAAGCUAUUUCAAUAGAGCAAACGAACCAGGUUGUUUCAAUUGAAAAUGAAUAUUUGUGAAUAAUCUGUUUGGUUAUCGAUCGUCGCCACGUCUGUAUAAAUAAAGUUCAAAUAACACUGAAAAAGCCAAUGUUUGCUAGAAGACUAGACUGCCUAGCAAGCCAAGUAGUCAACUCGAAUAGGUCACGUUUCCAAAAUUUAUUCUUUUGAUCCUUGGGCUGAUCUGCUGGUAAAUUUACAAUUUGUGCGCAGUCGUCGGUAUCGAGCCGAAAUUCAAGUGAUAUUUUCUGUCAAUAAUAUGUAACAAAAACGACCCAAUUCAAGUCAUUUCAAAUUGUAAAACGAUUAACGAAGAAAAUUCUUGAGUUGAAACUUAUUUCAGUAACUCUUAUGAUUCUAAAUGUCGUGUUAAAGCAGCGCUGGUAAAACACUUAGAAAUUCGUUUGACAAGUGUUAAAUUGAGGGGCGGGUUCGUAGAGUUCAUUGUGGAUAUUUAAGUCGACGUUUUUGGUAUGAGUAUGGGAUAAACAUUGAUGUAUAAGAUACACACGAUUUCGUAUUUGUUUUUGCAAACAACUGCAACCCUUCAACUGCAAAAUUUUCGGGGAAGGAUGAUUGUUAUCGUCUGGUUGUUUUCAGAAGGACAGCUACGAAAAUAGUUCAUUUCGUUUUGUUUAUCUAAUCAACAUUUAUGAUACAAUGCUCCUUUCGACUGCAAUUUUAGACGUUUGACCGAAACUCUGAAGCUUGUCAGGUAUUUUUAGAAAUCGCUCCAGCAAAUCACAUGAAGUCGUGUCUCUGUAAAAGAAAUAUUCAAAUAAUAAUUAGAUAAGAUUAGUUCGUCUGCGUAUUCCUUGUCAAGUUUUAAUUACAUUCCUUUCUUCACACCCGGAGUAUAACAAAAAGAUCACGCGACCAAAAACAUCGCCCUCCGUUGUAACUUUAUGGAUGUAUGUAUUAAAGAACUACAGAGCUGGGAGAGAACAAGCCAACUCCUAUGUACGUUUUGUCUACCUUACACGUUGAUAUUUCGGUAUAUUAUACUUAUCCCAAUGUGAUUUAAUCAAGUGACUGUUUUGUUUAAAAUAUAUAUCCUCAGGCUAUUUCAAAAGUGACUUUGCAUUGGUUGUCAAACCUUCAUUCGGUUGGUAUGGUUACCGCUGUAUUGUCAAUUAUUCUUGUGAACAGUUUUUGUGCUGAUGGACCUUGUGGGCUGUUUUAAACUUCACAUACAACACUUACAGCCCAGCUAUCGCAACAACGCUGUUGUCAGGAUCCCCGGGUUAUAAUUAAAAUGGAGUUGACGAAGAAGAUAAUAUCCUAACUAAGUAUUUUAAAAAUUCAUGUUGUGAUAACCCGAGCAAUUUGCGCGUUCCGAUAUCCGUGAAAAGGUUACCGUUUCUUGACAUUUGCUUGGAUUACAUCACGUUUCAAACAAGUUUAAAGUCACUCUCCCUGAGAAGAUUUUCUGUUCAUUUACUUCGGUCAUUUCUCAUCCCGGUUAUAGUUAAAGUCGUUAAAGCAUUAUGACUGAGGCUAUUUAUUAGGCGUGCAGGCAUUUUAUUUAUCAGGUGAGUCAAUGAGUCAAUGUGAAUGGCAAUGCCUUAGGGAAGCAAUCUUUUUGUUUUUGUUUGUUAUCAGCUGUACAUAUAUAUGAUUAUAAAAGCACCUAAAUAAUGUAUUUUUAGGCUGGAAGUGCUUUUCCUGUCAAGAAGUAAAUAAUUAAACCCAAAUAUCGACGAAUAAAAUGAACAAUGAUAAAGGGUUGGACCUGAUUUCAUUUUUAAGGGGUGAGGGUCGGGAGAGGUGUAUUGAGUAAUUUCUUCUGAGUAAGAAUUUUUGCCAGCGGUAGUAUUUGGAGGAAUUUAUUUUCUCAGUGUAAACCUUUGCUCUUUUUUUAAACAUCCCUUUAUUUUCUCUGUUUAAGCUUUUAUACAGGCUACAGAUCUGGUGAACACUGUGAGAGUUACAAUUAUAAAAAAAACAGGACAGCUAAUAAAAUGAAAUAUUGUGGCAAAGUGCUCUUAUAUUGAAAAAGGUAAUUCUCGUCAAAACAACAAAUGAAAAUAGAUAAGUUAGACACGUGGCAUCUAAAUUUGAAUACAACUAUAUUUUUUUUAUUAUCUCAGCAUAUCCGACUUUCUACUAUUCAACACAUAAUAGCUAAAAUGACUGCAUAGAUGAAGCAGUACUGAUCGCCCCUAGAUUUUUUAACUUAUAUUUAUUUGUUUUAUUAUAAUCAAGACAAACAAACAACAAGCUUUAUUAAUAACCGGAUAAUAUAACAGUAGCACUGCCCACAGCUAGCAAUUCAAGAGGUGGAACAGUACAUGCAAAAUAAGAAGUUAAGGUUGAGGCUAACCAAAGACCUAAGGAACUAAGCUAGCUAGCUAUGGUUUAUCAUGUUUAUGUUAAUGUUGUUGUUACUUGUUUGUUUGGUAAACGGUGACCUUUGGGUGUGUUACCCCGGCUUCCGCUGUAAGACGAGGAACUUUGGAGUUUAAAACGUUUUCAGGUAAAGGGGAACUUUUAACUCCGCACCAGGCGGGAAGAGCAAAGCAUGCGCUUCUCGAGCUCCCAUUUUUUGUUAAUUAACAAGGCGAACGGUGAGUAAUGUAACUUCCGAGCUUUCCGUAAUAUUUGAAAUAUUGUAACUUUUAAACGAAACUCCACGGAUGCAUACUAUUGAAUAAUAUCAUCCCGAAUUUUGUAGCAUUUUUUGCUGGUUACUGAUCGGCAUUGUUGCCACAGUUUUUUAAUUCUUCUCUGAGUAACUUAGCGAAUCUACUUUUUCUCCAUUUUUCUCGACCAAACUUGGACAAAAGACAGCGACAGUCACUGCACUCAUUGUCCGAUUUUAAGACCAAAUGUACGUAUAACGGUCCAUUGAUUAAAUAGAAAAUUAGCUAGAAAUGCUUUUUUCAAGGUUGAAAAAUUAGUAAACCUCAUUAUGUAAGACGAGCUAUGAUAAAAAAACUCUUUACCAGAAUUCUCUCUUACUCGCGCCGAGGGAAAAUCAUCCGUAGAUUCGGAAAAUUGUUAAAAGAUCUUUCAAGGAGCGGACGUCUAGUAUAAGUGAAGGGCCAUGUACGACCGAUAUAAAAUUCGUACGUCAUAAGCACGAACGGACAAGCCAUAUUUCUUGAUAUAAAGGUUGGAUGAGGCAUAUUCCUGUUAAAGAAUGUCUGUGUGGGAAGGUUUUGAUAUUUACUGUUAUUUUUUUUUCAAUACUCGCUGUUUUGUUGGUUGAUCACCGCUGGAAGAAGUUAAGUAGUUGAGAGCGGAGAGCCACGAUGGUGACUUCGUUUUUGAUGCUGUCUUUGUUUGUUUUGUUUCGUUUUUUUUGUGACCACAUGUCAACUUUCAAUUACACUGUACGUCCACGCACGUUGAUCUGUUGUGAGCUGUCGCGUGCAUAGAAAAUUGUUUCUUGAUAGCGAUAAAAUCAAGGUGCAAUGUUUCUCGUAUCAUGUUUGCCUUUGACGCUGUUUGUAAACCGCUUUUAGUUCACUUUAUUAUAUAGUUGACAGAUGUUAACAUAAUUGCUCAGUGGUAGUCACUGAUUUUAUCUGCGUUAUUUCACCCUUGUACAUAAAACAUGUGAAAGGCUUUAUGACUCGCGUCACCUCUUUGCCCCUUCGACACCGCACGAAUGUAAAUAAGGAACAUUUAUGGCUAACGUUUGAACGCAGUUGUCUCAUUGGAGUUUCAAUUGGGCAUGUUGCUCCCAAAUGUAAGUUUGACUUCUCAAGAUCGAUAGCAGAAGACAAGCUGAUACAGCUAAUUCUCGUCACAGAUCGCUGUCAGAAUUCAUGCUCCAAAGUUCUGAACUGGUUCUACAAGGUAAUGACGAAUGUACUUAAGAUUUUGCGUUUAAAAUUUUGACUAGGUUUAACUUUAUACAGUGAACGUCGGCUCUUUUGGGUAACCCUAGUUUGAAUUUGGACGCUGUCUUAAUCGCUUACGAAUUCAGUGGCACAGCAGCCAGCGUCCGGAGAAAAAUUUGUCUUGGAGAAGACAAAGAGUAAUAUGACAAGAAAAAUCUUUAUCUAGCCAUUGUUUUGAAAGUAAAUCUUAUCUACUGUAUUUUUAUUAUAUUCAUAUAUUAUGCACAGUUUUAGGUUGCAAUCAGGGAAAUUUCAUGAAAUUUGUUUUUCGGCGGCAGCGGAUGAGAGCAGGAAGUCAACCUUCUUUGGUAACGAUAGUGUUGAUAUUACUGUGCGAAAUAACGGCGAAGGACAGUGAAAGAAAAAAUUGAAAUCCGAGCAUAAUAUAAGCUGUCGCAUUUUAAGCGUUAGACAACACUAGCUUUGGUUUCACAAUAACAUAGUUUACAGAAGCAAACGAAAAACAAACAUAUUUCACGUAAGUAGUCGUUCUUCUUACAAUUAAUAAAAUUUAAGAUAAUGCAUUCCUUGCAUUCCAGGAAGGAGCCAAACAGGCACACUUUAUUAUAAUGAUCAGGGGCGUAGCCAGCCAUUUUAUCCUUUUAAGUCCGAGUUGUAAAAGUCCUGAAGGGGCAAAGAAGAUGGGGGGGGGGAGGGUAUCGGUGGGUUAAGGACAUAAUAGCAAGCCACGUAAACGUAAAGCACGGUUGUUUACCAUUUUUAUUUUACAUGGGCAAACCGGUGGCUUCACGGUUUGUGUAAACGGUAAGAAACAAUUCAGGACUGACAAAUUUCUUCCUGGAAUCGCGUUAAUUGUACAAGACAGUUACAUUCACCGAGAAAGGGCCUCGAAAACCUGAAACUGGUAUCAAAGAUGGCUGUGGAGAAAUGGUAGACGAAUUCAGUUACAGUCUGAAACAUUUCGUCCUGAAAAACAGGACUACCAUUUCACAUAUUCCGUUACUCCCGGCAAUUUUCCUAUGAAACGACCCAGAAAGUGGUGUCCCAUUUACUUUCCAAACAGAUUUUCCGGAAACUCUUGGUAAAUGGUAAACAACCCAUAUCUCUGAAGUCGUAGUGAACACUGACAAAGCGAGGAGCGAAAAAUGAGCAUUAUGGUGACUGUGACUUUUCUCAGUUGUAAAGGUGAACGUGUAUCGUCAUAGUUGUCAAAUCAAGGCAACCGUUUCAGUGCAGAUUAAACAUAGUUAACCAGGGUUUGAAAUCAACUCUCUUAAACAAAAACCAACAAACAAGCAAGGAGAAAACUGUAUACCGGAUAUUAUUUACAAGCUGAGUCCCGACAAAAUUCUGAGUUUUUAAGCAGCAUGAUUCUAACAUUUAAUCAAAAUAAACAAAGGGUUCCCAUACAACGUACCUACUUAAAAAAAAAUUUAAAAAAAAAACCAAGAUGGCUCAGCGACAGAUUCAGUGUUCACACUAUACGGGAUUUCUCUUUUGCCGGCACGAAAAUCAUACCGAAUAUGGCUUCUGUUCACACUUAAAAACGGUGAUUUCGGCGCGAUUCUGUAACGGAGUGAAAGCUUCGCCAUUUGGUGCAAUCACUCCUUGUUACAUGAUAUAACAUUAGCUCAUUUUAACCCACAAUUUCGUUAAGCCCGGUAUAAUGACAAUUAAAUGAUACAAAAUACAAAACCAAGACCUCUCGUUUUCACGUGACGUCCACAUACACUAAAAUCAAAAGAAAAAAGAGCCAUCAUCAUUUUUAAUAAUAAUAAUAAUAGCGGGGCUCCCGCGCGCGAAGCGCGCGUGGGACAGAGCCCCAUACUCAUGGAAUAUGGUCAACCUCUUUUCGUUUGAUUGUCACGUGAUUGACCGAGCGUACGUACGUACGUACGAGUCUACAGAUUGUACGGGUGGGGUAGGGGAGACUAUCAAAAGGAAGGAAGGCGUGUCUUGGCGAGUCCACAUCUUUAAUAUAGUAUUUUAGGACAUUCACAAUAUGGUCAAUUGACAGCUGUCAAAACAGGAUAGCCACUGACCAGUAUCCCAUGACCAUAUCGCGGGCUCAUGUGUCAACUCAUCGAGGUGACGUGAUUUAUUUGGAAGCUGUCCGCUGACCAGUUAAUUGUUUUACUAGAUCGCGAACAAUGUUCAAUCUCAUACUUUUACUAGUUAAACUGAUAAUGCACACAUAUUGGACAUCAAUGUUUUAAUCAAUUGACAGCUGUCAAAACAGGGUACCCGCUGACCAGUAUCACUUGACCGUAUCGCGGGCUCAGGUGUCGACCCAUCGACGUCAAGUAUUUUUUGAAGUUAUCCGCUGACAAGUUACUAGUUUUCAAGUGAUCGCAGGCUCAAGUUCAAGUUUUUUCAAAAUUCAUAUGAAAUAUGUCGUGUUUAUGUGCUACACAAUUAAAAUUUUGAUUGCAAACUGACCUCGGACGCGAAAGUUCAGGAAGCUGUUACAGGCAGGGAAGACAGUUGCUUUUGACUUUUCUCACCAUGGUCACGCGUUGGUCACGCUCUACGUCCAAUUUUUAUGUUCUGAUUGGUCAAAAUUUGACAGGUGAGUUCAUGCGGAAAAUUUAUGCAGCAUCUUGAACCUGUUUAUUUUGACAGCUGAAGCUGACAGAGUUUUGUGUCAACUUGUGAUGUUUUUAACUGUCUUUUUUCACUGGAUGCGCAAAAUGAAAUUCAGCUGCUAUCAGGAUGUCCUCUGUUAUUCAUGGCUAGUUGUUUAUUGGGUUUUUGGUUGAGGAAUACGUCGCUUGACAAAGUUGGAAAUCCGAUUUCGGAUGGCAUCGUUUUCGUUUUCACCUUGCUUGAUGCGUAAGAGGAUUGCAAAGUCUGAAGCGAUACUGGCUUUUCUUGAUACCUUUCAGGAGCUGCAUCUCGAAUGGUAAGCCAGAGAAAUUAUUGUAUUUGAUGUUUGUUUUUUUGGAUCUAAUUUAAUGAAGUCGAGAGGAGUCUAUGCGGUCAUUUAGUUUAUGCACGUUUGUAAGAUUUGAGACAAUGAUCUGACCGAGUAUCAGGUUUGAUAUAAGCUUACAGAACUUUAAAAAGCCUUUAGACAGUUUCUCACCGCAAAUAGAAAGAAAACGUUCCAAAGAAUAUUUAGUUAUAAUUCUGGCCGGAAAAGAAAGCUUUGAGCGAUUUUCUUGCCUCGAGUUCGUCUUUGAAAAAAGCAAACACCGGGAAGCCGGCUUAAAACAUAAACUUAAGCUUGAAGCUUGAAGACUCAGGAUUUUUAGGGAUACUUUAAUACUUGUCUUCCUGAAUGAAAAUUGUUGUUUCUGUAAAUGUUUCACCGAAUUAUGUUUCUUUUAUUGAUUGUUAGUAGUCUCUCUUGUAAUUUUAAUCGCUGUGCCGAUUGUUUUCAGUCGUUCAGUGAACAUCGCUUGCAGAGUACUCAAAAUGCCGCGCGUUAAUAAACCAUUAAAUAAAAAAUAAACGGAAUAAAUUCUUUAUAAUGUUGGAGCGUAACUCUGUUAAUGUUCAUUCAAACACUCGCCACAGCUCGCACUACAAAAGUGAGAACCGGAUGGCCGUAUAGGUGAUUUUGGAAAUUUUUUUAACAGUUUAUGAAUAUUGAAUGAGUGCAAUUUGUAUUGUGAAACACUGCUUUCUGUCCGAGGUCUGCCGGUAUGAUAAAAACAGUGCCUCAUACUACUGUUUCACCUCAGAUGUGAUGUAUAAAUGGUAUAAAAGGUUGGUUUACACGCACCCAGAUUUGUUGACAAGAUUUUGCAAAGCAAACUUGUCGAACGCAAAAAAGUUAGCCUGAUUUUUUUCCCACCAAUUAAUCUACGGUGAUCAAGAGCCAUUAUGGCUCUUACCCCAUUGGCUCCUGGAGAUUUUGCUGAAAAACGCGUUUCGAAGCUAGUCGAGUGGUUUUCUGGUCGCUGUCGUGCUAUAAGAGCUAAAACUUACCAGAAACCGGUUUACAGGUCGUGCACUUGGCGGCCUUCUGAUCCAGAUGCAAAAUAUCAGCUUGCGAAGUUCGGGCAUGCGCAGAAAGCAAAAUUUCGAAUUUGGGUUUAAAAGUGACACAGAAGUCUUGACUUUUACUUUUCGCUUUCUCUCCUCCCUUCUUUUUUCGCUUUUCUUUCCUCAUUUUUUUUCCUCUUGCUGGGCAUUUAGUAGGCUUCAUUUUGGUGGGAAGAGUUUUUAGGAAAGCUUUUAGGAUCCUAGAUUAGGUGACAGGAAAGGUAGGUGAGCAAUGCAACAAGAUUUUCAUGGAGAUUUUCAGGUCAAUGUCACGUGGUUUUUUGCUUCUUUCUCCGGUGUCCUUGACUGAAUGGUAAAUGUAAAUGUAAAUGUCGCGAUUGAGAGGACAAACAUACAUGUCCUCUUUACAUAGCUUUUUGCAGUGGGCUCGAACAUCAGCAUACUAAGGGCGCCGAUGGCAGCCGCUAUCAGUCCAUUUAUGAGCCCACUGAACCCUCCCAACCCAUGAUGAGUGAUGAUGUAAGUGAUGAAGAUAGACCACAACACCGCGAACUACGUCCCCUACUCUUUUCGAAUAGUGUGUCCCACAGAGUUAUAUGUGAACAAGGUUUGUGAGACGGGACCUCCGGUUUAUCGUCCUUGUCCGAGAAGACUUGAAAGUCUAAUCAUUUGCAGAUGUCAUUACAAAGACAGCACUUUCUCCUCAGUUAUUUUUAAGACCCUGAGUGUUGGUCCGGCCAGGAUUCGAACUCGCGACCUCCCGCUCAGCAGACCGGCGCUCUCCCAACUGAGCUAACCGGGCGGCGGUGCUCAUUCUGGUAUGGUUUGAAAGAUCUCUUCACUCUACACAAGUUAGCGAAGAAAGUUGUCCUCGACCGUUAAAACUGAUGACGUCACAAAAGGUAGAAAGGACCUGGAUCCGCACGGGCGGUUACGGGCGGUUCAGGGGCGAAUGGGUUAAAUGUGAUCGAAGAUGAUUACCAGUUUUUGGGUGUACAUAUGAGGCUAUCAAGUCGAUGUAAGAUUUGGUUCACUGUUGGGCUGUUUACAAAUUAUUUUUCUCUUAAAGCAGGUAGCCUUUCCCUCAAAAGUCACAUAAAUGUGCUCUAAAGUUAACUGAAUUGUGGAAUUCGAAUACAAGUUUAUUGUUUAAUUUAAAUUAUAAAUUUAUCAAUGGGAGCCUCGCUUUUAGCCCUGGCUAAAUCUAUAUAUUAACUUUAUUAAUCUCCUCAAAAAGGCUUUUCAGCUUAAUUUACAAUGUCAAAUAUCUAAAACUUAGUUUUCCAAAAAUACCCUUAAAAAAUGCUGUUUUAUAUUAACUUUAAAUACAUCUAAAUUAGUGAUAGACUGAAAGUCGUCUGGGAGACUAUUCCGCAGCCUUUGGCCUCUGUAGGUAAACGCACGCUGACCUGCAGCCGUCCUACAGAGUGGUAUAUGUAGGCGGUCCCUAUUCCUAGUGUUGUAGUUGUGCACUUCCGAUCCGGUUUAAAACGUCUGACAAAGAUAUGGAGGUGCAAGUCCAUUUAAGCAUUUAAAUACCAUGGUAGCAUUCCUAACCUCAAGUUGUUUAACAAUUGGCAGCCACUGUAACUGCUUAAGAAUAGGUGUAAUAGGUGUAACAUGAUCAAAUUUCCUCGUUCCAGAAACUAUCCGGGCUGCAAAAUUUUGCACUGUCUGUAAUAGCUCGAUGUUUUUCUUGGUGCUAUUAGCCCAUACUGAUGAACAAUACAAUAAUUUACUGAAUACGAGAGAAUUAAUUAUAGUGAUCAGCGUACGCCUAUCAAACAGGUAUUUUACGCGAUUUAUUUUUUAUUUGUCAGGCAUAAGAGGUCCUACAUUUACCAUAUCUUUACAAGUUAUUUUUAAGCUUGGUCGCCUCUUUCGUAGUAAAAACAGCUUCUUUUGGGUUCAGCAUCAAGUUUGCAAUUAUUGAGGUAGAUGUCGAUGUUCUCCGAUGAUCUCAGUGCUGGAAGUGACCCGAGCUAAGCAGAUCAUAACUCACGCUGGCCGCAGCGGCAGUUGCACUUUGUUUGCUUGCAUGUAUCAUCAGCAUAAAGCGUAUCAUCAGCAUAAAGCGUGCAGUGGGAUUGUUCUGCAGAUCUUUGCAAACCGUCAUAGUGGAUGAAAAAAACAGAUGGUCGUAGAAUCGAGCCUUGUGGUACGCCAUAAUUUAGGUCCAAAAUGUCUUACUCCAAACUCUUAUAUACCACAAAUUGCUUUCGACCUGCUAGGUAACUCUCGAACCAGCGAUACGCUGUCCUUGUUAUGCCAGCCAUUGUCAACUUAGAGUGUAAUAUUUUGUGGUUGAUAACAUCGAACGCCUUGCGUAGAUCUAAUAAAGGCAGCUACAGAUAGAGAUUUGUCAUCAAUCGCCCAUUUCCAUUAAUCGACUAGACGUAUCAGGGCAACAUUGCAGGAAGAGAAUUUCUUGUAGGCAAAUUGGUUUCCACUCAUAAGGCUUGCUUGAGUAUCAUAUUCCCUGAGUUGAGAGUUGCGCCUGGAUAUCAGACAUCUAUGCAUAUACAUCUGUCUGUUGCUUGAGGCCGUGUUCAAGCCAUUGUAGCCGAAAAAAAUGCAGGGGGCUUGGCCUCUUGCCCGGUGCUGGUGGGUGGCUGGCAGCUUUCUUUCAAGAAGUAGGGAGUAGGGAGGGGGGCUUUUGACACUUUGAUCAGAGUUUAUGGUUAGUAAGCAGUACCAAGUCAAGGUGUUCGUCCUGUGGGUUUUCCGGCCAAAUCAUAGCACUGACUGAGAGUCAUAAUUCUAAUUGCGGAGCUCUGGGCGAGCAGGUGAAGUGCUUAUUAUAACAUGUAAAUUGUUCCCUCUUCACUAAAGAUAAGGUGUCGUUUAGAUAACCAAAGUAAGAUAUAGUUGUUUGACUAUUUCCAGGCCGCCAUAUUGUUGGACCAAACUAGUCCACCAUUGAUGGCAGCUCUAUACUGAUCUGAGCUCUAGAAAUUUGUGUAAACAUUUUAACGCAUACCUGAAAGUCGGAAAAUCUCGCAGGUCUGAAAAUUGGAUAAGCUGACUAUUUAUCAGUGUUCUAUAAUAUCCCACGUCUGCUUAUGUUCCAUUAAAAUAAGCACAUUUUCGUUAUCAGUUUGAGUAGAAGCGUUUUCUUUCAAACUAGCCGAUUGUGGCUUGUUUGUAACUAACCAAUGGAGGCAAGCGUAAGAGAGGAGCGACUAAAACUAUAUGAUCAAUGGCGUGAGAUUGUACUUGAGACAGGAGUUAUUUUGAGUCUAGACGGAAUUUGAGAGAGACAGUAUUCGAUAACAUCGAUAACUGAAUACAUACAUACAUACAUACAUAUCCUUUAUAUAAAGACGAUAUGAUUUAAAGCUCAAAGCUUGUGAGGUCGUGUAAAAAAGAUUACAAAUGGAUAAAACUAUAUAAAAAAUAACACUAACAUUACUUACAAAAUACAACUACAAUUAAAACUCUAAAAAUAUACAGUAAGAUUCUUACCAAAAAAAUACGAGGUUGAAAUGAAUUUACUUUAGUUACCUCUAAGUAAAUUGACUACAGCAUUCAAAACGUAAAAAUAGUCAAAAGCAUUUAAAAUCUUGGUAGUGCCUGGGCAGGGACUGGACCGACUGGGCGCUAAAAUCAAGUUCCGUAAAAUAAGAGUCCUUCUUCACUUUGCGAUAAAAAACAGUAAACUGGUCUGUAAAAUGACUCGAGACAGCGUUCCAAAGAAUAGCGCCUCUAUAGCUAAUAGAGUUUUUAAGAAACUGCGAGUUAAAACGCGGGACGAUUAUGUUAUUACUCCUUUUGAAGUUGUAUGCAGUGCAGGGUUUAUUUGUCAAGUAUGAAAGAGCCCUAGAUGCUUCUCCUAUAAACACGCUAUGGAGUAGUUUAAAGUAUUCCAGUUCGAAUGUCGGUAAACUUCCUCAGGAGGCAUAUCUCGGGGCAAGUUGUAUAUUAUUCUGGCUGCCCUACGGUGAAGUACUUCCAGAGAAUCAAUGCGUAAGAAUUGAUCUUUACGUUCGCUUUGAUAAUUUUCAACUAUUAUUCAGUUUCAAGUCUUUUAUAAAGGCGUUCAUCUUGCUUAUGGUUUUCUAUAAUUGUUAUUUUUGCCAAAUAAGGUCUUUUCCAUUCCACAGAAAAUCCUAACGGAGAAUUUUUAUUCCUAUUUUUGAAGUAUUUUACUUUGUAGAGGCCCUAUUUUACAGGUAAGAGGCCAGGGAAGAUUAAUUCCUUGUAACUUUUGCCUUUAUCAACUUUUUUUUGGCUUUCUUGGUGAAUUUGUUAUUCUCUGUCACUAUAUUUGCCUGCCUUCUUCUUGUAAAAACUGUUACUACUAUACUAUAUUUGCGAUUUCUGUUAACAUUUGUAGGUAUGUGCUUCUACUUUUUUAUUUUUAUGCCAUAGAUCUCCCCAAGCAAUGUCUGUUUUUUUUUUAUGUAAAACCUUCUAUAAGGACAAUAACAAGCGUAUUUCUGAACUCUUCAACAGACCUUCGUCGUCUUCUUGUUGAAAUCAAAACAACAACAACAACCUUUAUUGUUAAAUCUAAAUAGAGAAUUUUACAUGUUUUGAUAGCUAAUGAAAAGAAAAGGAGAAAUUGUUACAUAAAAUUAUGCGUUACGAUAACAAAGAUGUCUAGGAGCUAAAUGAACAUACGUUUUCGUGCCAGCGCCUAGCUAUAAAAUGAUAUUUUUUAGAAGGGGUGAUAGUUAUAAUAGUAGCAAAAAAACAAAAACAAAACAAAAACAAAAAAAGAUAAGUAAGUAAAUAACACACACAUAAUACAUACUUCAGUAAUACAGGGAAACAGGGAAUACACAAAAACCACUUAGAAUCCUAGCUACGGUCACCACAUAUAGGUUUCAGCCCACUGGCUACUAAAUAACACACAAAUAUCGAAGAAAAUCAGUCUAGGACAUCUAUUCGAAAGCUCCUUCGUUAGUGCCGACCAGCGAAACAAUACCGCGGUAUCAAUGUCUUUGCGAGCUAACUGUUGUUAAUUUGAGAAACACGAAUGGUUGUGAACAUGUUUAUCAACGUCGCUAAAAUAUUUCGAGAUCUUCGCACUCGAUUGCAUCUAUUUUAUUUUACUGGGCAAAAACGUACGCCUUUCUCGUACUCUCUUAGAAUCAGCAAAAUAUAUGAGCAUAAGACAGAGGGAAGGACCAUCUCUAUUGUUUUCAUGUAUUUGUCUGUGAUCGAUUCAUCACUGCCAGUGUGACGUCACAUACUAACGGGCGAGAGCUUUGGGUGGUUUGUGCAAAAUCUCGCCCCAUAUAAGGGACCACACAGGGGAGACGUAACACACAUUUUAAGUAAGGUAAGCUGUUUUUCAUUGAAAUCCUUUCAUUUUCGUAGGUUAUAGAAACGAUAGUUUUUUUUCCCAUACAAAUCCUUUUAUUUCGAAUGUUACGCAACAAUGCCGAUGUUCGCCGAUGCUCAUAUUUCGAGCUUGGUGUACCUGUGGUUGGAGCUCCAUAUUCCGAAAAGUUGUCAGCUGUUUUGCCUUAGGCUGAUGUAUUCGGAACUUUCUACCUAAAUAAAUAUUCCAUCGAUGUAAGGGCGCAUUCUCUGCCCUUCCCCUUUGAAAAUUCAGGUUGUUCUGCUCUUUCAACUGGUGCAAACUUUACCCGUUCUCACCGAUGGACAGCAGUUAUGUUCAGAGAAAGAUUACCAGUUCUAUACUUGGUGGUUGCUUGUCGGAAGGUGUGAUGUCCAAUUUACAUAUCGCGUAUGUUUGCACAGUUUAAUUCUAAUGACAGGUGUCCCUAGCUUACGUUACGAGAGUGGAAUGUAAAUUACUUUCUCACAAGAGAGUCGAUGUCGCGUUACAGGCGACCACUGAGACGUCGUAUGAGAAAUUAAAAUACUGAGGUCUGUGCUGCCUUGACUUCGUGUUAUGAAUGGAGUGACAGUGGUCACACAGUGGAGCCAGAAAGUCGAAUAAAUCGAUGAAUUCACCCGAAAAAACACAGGAAUACAUCAAAGGAUAAUCUACUUUAUUUAUUUUAUAAAAAAGGGUAAAAUAUAAUGAUAUUCAACGUUCGCAGGGCACAGAAUUUUAUUUCUCAUACAACGCUUCAACCCCCGGGGGGGACUCCGCAUAUGAAAGGGGUGGGGAUGCUCGUCUUCUCGCUUAGGGGUGUGAAUUUCAGAUUUUGGUCUCGCUUAGGGUGUUCUGGGCAAAACACCAUUAUAUUUAGCCAUAAAAGUCUCUAUUAGGGUUGCACUCGAAGAAAUAUUAAAAAUGUUAUAUUUUCAAUUCGUUUUAUUUACUCGAUUCAUGUAAUCAAAGUUUACAAUGAUCGCUUUUAGGGGUCAAAAAAGGUUGGACCACGCCCAGAUUGGUCUCCUUUAGGGGUUUAAUUCAAACUUUCCGACUAGCAUCCCCACCCCUUUCGUAUGCGGAGUUCCCCCCGGGUUUCAAAGGUCGCCUGUAACGCGACACUGACUUGUGAGAAAAUAAAUUACAUGCCACUCUCGUAACGUGAGCUUGGGACGCCUGUGUUCCAAUAGGAUCUCGGUCAUCUGAACGCAUGACAGGCAGGUUUUGUUGCGUCAUCCAUUGGAGAUCCUGAUGGUGAACUUGUGUUCAUUUUACACGGUGACUCGGUGUUGAGUGUGUGAAGCAUAAAGUUGGCCACUACCGUUUUAUGCCUCACGUUUACCAUGGAAAAUAAUCGCUACCUCACGAGGAAACAACAAACAAUUUAACCAUUUUCUGAUCACGGGAAAAAAGGGCCGAUCACGCGUCCUUCACCUCUUUCAUAUUAUUACAUAUACUAAGGGACGGAUUAUUACAAAACUUAUGGGGGGCGAGCGAAGUGCAAAAAAAUAUUCGCGCAAAAGAAAAUUAAAUGAAAAAAAAAAUCAUGCACGCCAAUUAACCCUAAAAAAUAUUCAUGCUACGGCCUAAAAAUUCAUACAAGGAAUUUGAAAAUGAAAAAAAUUCCUGCGGCUCAAAAAUUCCCCACCGCCCCCCCCCCCCCAUAAUUGUUCUAAUGGUCCGUCCCUAAGAUGACAAAGUUGAGGGAGUUAAAACAAUAGAAACACAAGUUACAGAUUUGUGCGGAACUUUUAAAUUAAGUCUUCCUGCUUCUCAAUCUCUUUCUAUGUAUAAAACAAAAACGGUUAGAUUUCUUCUGUCCAUUGUAUUUAAAACGAGCUUUAAACUGUAAAAGACGUAUCCAGUGAACUACAGACUGCGUUGGCGGCUGAAAUCUGACGGCGUGAACGCAACGUCUUGUAAUCGUUUCAAAAUAAUUGCCCUAAGUGUGUUGGAAAUCGCCUAAGAAGGUGCUGCUGGGACUAAAAUCCGCUGCAAAUGCUCCCUCAGUCUUUCCUGUCGACAUCCAGCAACGAGAAAUACAAAUGCGUAUGUCGGUGGCAUCUUAAGAGUAUCACAUUUAACUUCUAAAUUUGACUUUUACAGGAAAAUAAGUAACUACAAUUUCUGUGGCUUUAUCUUCUUCUGAGCCUUAAAAGCUAUUUCGUGACACAACAAUACUGGACAAAAUGCAUUAAGAAAUUGGUGGCUUCCUGCAGAGAAAAGGCCCAAACAUUUAAUUAGGAGUAACUUUUCUACCGGAGAUACGAGAAUGCAAAGUUCACUCUAGUAUAUAAACACCAAACCGUUUUAUCUUCUCAAAAGAAACAAAAAAAAAAGAGGUUGAUGGAAAGUUUUAUGUCGAUGUCCGGAUUCUCUGUAUUGCUGCCUUUUCGGGAUGAUGACAAUGAUAAACACCCAUAUUUUCAGUUUACUCUCGUCGCAAGACGUUUUAAAAUGUUUCUUCCUUUUUAUGCCAAUAAUGGAAACAGGAAAGAUGAAUCUUGGAGACUUCCUGCUGACCAAAACAAAAACAUUUAAUUAUGGAAAAGGAGGCCACCGGUGAUAUGUGUCAAAGGUAGCUUCAUUGUCAGAAUUAUCGAUAAGGUGGUGUAAUCCACUGGGUUUACGCCGUAUGUUGAAACCAAUCAGAAUAAAAUCAGAAAAUCAGUGCUUUAAAGGCUUACCGCGACAUAUCAAUCUGGUCCAAACGUUAUCAUUUGAUGUUUUCAUAUCGGCAUUAUUUAAUUAAAAAAAAAAGAAUAGUUUUUUUCAAUAUGCAAGGCAACUUAUCAUUCUUUGCUUUUGUUACAAAUCACUAGUAGGUUUUUUUGUCGCUUUUUUUAAAAGAAUCGAAGACCUUAGACUUGCCCUUGGUUUUUCUAGUGUCAUUUCCACAUCUGUUACCAAUGCCGUAUAAUUUCAUCAAUCCAUUUCUAUAACUCCUGUCUGCUGAGUGACUAGAAAACAAAGGCAGUAUAUCCUUAAAAAACAAAACAAAAAUCUCUGGGUUUUCAAUAAUUGCCAAAAAUGGAUGAGAAAAAAACAAAAAGCAACAUCGCGACCACAAGAAAAAAUGCAAAUAACUUAAUAUUUUUAACCUGUUCUGAUCAAGUGGUUCUGUCAUUUUGAAGCUUGGGAAAGAUUUGAGGAUUGGCUAUUUAGAGUAUUCUUCUUAAAAGUUAAUGAUUAUUCUCAGUUUUCAAUUAACGGGAAGCACAAAGCUUUUUCUCGCUUAUCGGUGAAAUCGAGUUUAUUGUAGUCAUCCAUUUUCCACCUACGGUCUUCUGCUAAAUAGGUGCUAAAUGCUAGUUUUCUGUUUUAACCAAUAGCAGAUGAAUGUUUUUUCCUUUUCUAAUUAUCGCCAGCUGUAUUUGACUUUCAAAUAAGCCGCUUCAGCCAACACUAUUUUUCGUGUUGCUAGAUGCUGUAAAUCAGUCUUGCUUCGUACGCUACGAUCCCUCUGUUCAGUGCUGUUUAAACCUUUGGGGUGAAGACACAUUAAUUUUGGUGGUAGGAAAUUGUUAUAGUUGUUAAACAAAAUUAUAUUUUUUUAGUAGGGUGACGUAGGCAAACGAAAAAAAAAAUUUCUUCAGUCUGAACACUUGGGUUCUUUUGUUGCAGUAUCACUCCCGGGCAAAACAAAACCCGAACACCUCAGUUCUUUUUGUAACAGUGUCUCUAUCGGGCAAAACAAAACCCGAACAUUUCAGUUCUUUUAGUAACAAUGUCUCUCUCGGGCAAAACCACAGCUUACGAAGUUACAUUUAUGUCAAUAAUACGAGAAAUAUGUGCAGGCAAAAGCUGUUCUUACUUUCUUCGUUCUUUUUUUUUUGGCCUAAGCUAGGGGAAAAAAUAAGUGUUCAUCCUAACCCAUUAAGGGCACAAAUCCCAUUGUGCUGAAAAAGUAGGUUUUCUAGACAUGAACAUGCUUCGUCAGACUGGGCGAGAAUCGAAGAAACUGAAUUUAGUGGAUUAUCUCCAGUGAAACGAUUUACCAGAAUGGGACUUGAUGGGAAUGUGAACACUAUCUAUCUGGCCUUUCAUGUGAACAGUGGCAUUAGCGGUGCUCGACCAAAUGCUCAUGUUAGACGAUAGCCAGUAUAAGCUUUUGACAAACCAGCAACCACGUUAAGUUUGCUGAAGUAAAUGACAGUUUAUUUUCAAAUCACAUGUCAUCAUCUGAAUAAUGAAAAGCUUGACAUCCCACUAGCUUGCAAAGCUGACCGUGAAAUCUGCGGUAAAGAAGAAAAAAUGCCAAAACGUCACAAAGCCACUAUGGCAGUUGUAGAGCAAAAGCACUAAAACCGGUUCUAUCACCAAAUAGUACUUUGAUAUGACAGAGCUUAGAUGAAAAAAAAUUGUUUAAGAUUGGCGCUACUUUUGGGAAGCGAUGCCAAUGUUUUUGUUUUAAAUAGUCACAGUUUCAACCUUUCUGAUUUGCUUGACGUUAAGUUAAUAUGUUCAAAGGUAGAAAAAUGAAAUGUCAAUCUCAGUUAUGGUCACCAAGUACCUUUUCAGUUAGUUAUAACUUAAAAAGAGAGAAUAAGUCACCCUUUCAAGACUCGAAAAGCCGGGUAUUACUUACUCACUUGAUUCUCAGACCAGUGGUAGUACAUCCACAUAGUGGUUCUUAGUUUACCAUUCCUGGCUAAAUUGGAAUUUGGAAACGUUGGUUUUUGUGAAGAGGGGAAAACCGGAGUACCGAGAGAAAAACCUCUUGGAGCAAAGGAGAGCACCAACAACAAGCUUAACCCAAAUAUGGCGUCGACACUGGGAUUUGAAAUCAGGCCACACUGGUGCGAGGCGCUUGCUCUCACCACCGCGCCAGCCUCGCCCUCAAAUAUAUAAUAUGCUAUUGGUUCCUACAGGAAGGUUAAGCUCUGCGAGCAUGAUGUCGAAGUUACAAGCGCCAUAUUUCCCGAUCACGAAAAAUGAUGGAAAAAUUAGGUAAUUUAUUUGGCAACAGAAUCCAUUUGGCAUAACGUGCACAAAUUCUUGUACAUCCUUUAAGGCAAAAAGUUAGCAUCAAUAUUGCAAGUAAAAAGAGGUAGGCGAAAUAAUAAUUUUGAACCGAUGUGCAAACAACGACAGCAACUUUCGAUUAAAUGUUCACUUCUGCAUGCACCGAAUCUAGAGAAUAACUAGUUUUGCUAGAUAGUUUUCGCCCCCAAAAAGCUACAGACCUGCAGUAAAAUAAUAGGAAAAAAACUGGACAAAUUCAAUCGGUCAAGCAGAAGGUGUCGAUAAACGCUGCCACGGUAAACAUCAUGUUUACAUUUUUAGUUUACACUAGCUUGAAAACAAUGGAAUCGAAUAACUUGGUCAGCAAUAGCGCCUUUCUUGUUCAUGAAUCCAUGUGUCUGCUCAGUUUGAUACGAUUUGAAUCAAAACGGGCUUAUUAUGUUCCAAUGUAAGAUGUGUACAAGAACAUCGUCUCAUGUAGGCCGCCAUUUCUCACUCUUUACCUAUUGUUUUUUCAAUCUGUCAUUUGUAAAUGCCCCGGCUCUUCAAAACCAGCAGCUCCCGUUAAUUAGUGACAAAGAAGCAGCUAAAUAAGAAAAAUGUUCAAGUUCAGCCAAAUACUCGGCAGAGAAGGGAAUCGAGAAAAGCACAUGGUUGAGCCAGCGUUGCAAUAGUCACACGAAAGCGUGUGGUAUCUGGGUGAAAUAGGUCCACUGCAAAUAAUUAAUAUAUAAAUUAUAUAUAAUUGUAUAAUAUAAUUGUAAUCCUGAACAAUUGAGCUACGGAGUCCAUUGCAUUUCUGAUUAACUUGAGGUACUUAACCUUGUAUUUCCAGGGGGAAGGACAGAUAAAUAAAGUUUAAAUGGCUUACGUCAUCUCAAACACAACCAAUCAGAACGGAACAACACCGAUUCCAGCCACAUCUCGCCCGCUUGAUGGAGGGGAGGAAUGGUUGCCUCCAUUCCGUCUCUUCCUCGAAGUAGUGAAAGCUGCCAUCAUUAUAGUAGCGCUUGUGUGCAACAUAGUUGUGGUGUAUGCAUUUAUUGGCUACAAAAAACUACGAACUAGGGUAACGAAUUACUUUGUAAUAUCGUUGGCAGUUUCGGAUAUUCUGACAACCGGGUUGGUAACAGCAUUCAGGUUGGACUAUGAUAUAAGUCACAAGUGGAAACAUGGUGAGUUCAUGUGCAAUCUUUAUACCACAAUGCAUUUACUCGCUGUGCCGAGUUCAGUCAUUAACUUGUGUGCUGUCACUGUGGACCGAUAUUUAGUAUUGAGGAUGCCUCUCCGUUACAAUUCCUUAAUGCCACCUCGCAGAGCUCUUCUAAUAAUCGCCUGCCUUUGGAUUUAUGCCAUCAUUUGGGCCUGUCUUCCUGUGAUGGGAUGGAAAGAAGAUAUCCCGACUAUUUCUAAUGGCAGUUGCUAUUUCUUAUCUACAAGAGAAUACAAUAUCACAGUGAAUAUCAUCAAUUUCCUACUUCCAAUGAUAUUUAUGGCCGUAUUCUGGUUACUUAUCUAUGCAAUCGUCCAGCAACAUCGCAAAAGAGUUCUGAAAAUAGAGAGAAGCCUUUCUCUAAACACCAACGACUCGUCGAAUUCCAGCAACCUGAACUACAACGUUGAAGGCACUCUAAUGAAUUCCCCUGCACAUGGAAGAAACGAAAGAAGGGACAAAAAGAGGAUGCGGCGAAAUGUCCGACGCUCACGGUACAUUGGUUUUAUUGUAGUCUUGUUUUAUUUUUGCUGGUUGCCCUACGUAACAUUAAGUAUGAUAGGUAACUUGUGCAUGUCCUGUCCCACUUUUAACCGCGCAUUCUUUGAGGUAUUUCUAGUACUCGGUUUCAUGAAUUCUGCGCUGAACCCUUUCUUGUACCCCUUUCAUGACAAACAUUUUAAGGAAGCAUUCAGGGACAUGUGGAGGAAAGUGCGGAACAAACUAUUCCGUAAAAUGUUCCGGAAUAAAAACGAAGAUUAGAGAAGGUCAUUGCACACAGUUUCAAUGGAAAGCAGGAGGAGGAGGAAAGGACCUCCUAUCAUGGUCAAAAUAGAUACGCUCCGCUCGAAAGAAUAUACCAUUUUCAGGUUAGAGUUAUAUAAAAUUUCACGACAAAAGGUUCAUGAGAACUGCUAUUAAAGUAUUUAAAUGGGUCUGACAAAUUAUUUUGAGCGGUGUCGCACCUAAAGGGUGAUUACCUCACUCCGGUGCGAGAGGAGAAGUGAGCCAAGGAUAGAAUAUGGAUGCAGAUUAUGGUAAAGGAACAAGUUUCUCUGGAAGAUAUGAUUAUUUUCGGUCAAGUGUUUUAUACAAAGGUUUUGUUGUUUGACCUCGGGGAAGCAUCCCUGUGCAGUCCUUGUAGAGCAACCCUGGAAGGGUCUGGAUGGUACGUGAUAAUACUGAUAUUUUAAACAAUUAGACGAUAAAUUCGAGUUUUCUUUGGCUAUUUGACUCUUAGAAAACAAGACCGAAUUGUUUUUAUUUGAAACCGACUGGCAUACUACCCCCGAUUCUAUAUCAAAUGGUAGAUUUGGCAAAUACAUCUGAAGAGUCCUGCUGUGGUACAAACCUUAGUAAAAGUCAAUCUCUACAUGUAGUCGAUAAGUCAUUGUCUUUCACGCUAUAUUGUCUUUUGGUAUAAUGGUUUGUUGUAUGGACACAACUGAUAUACACUUAAGACAGUGCUUUUAUGACAAAGAUAAACAACCUAGUUUGUUUAGCGACAUCAUUAUCAACAACACCAACAACAACAACAAUCUUUAUAAACAAAUACAGUAUUGCCAAAGCUAUUCAUAACUAAUUAUUGAUUCGUUAAUUAAUUCUUUAAUAAGAUAACUUAAAGUGAAAUAAGGUGGAUCGUUGCUUAUUUUAAACUAUUCAUUCAUAGAGUAGAGGUAAACAUUCCGGUGAGAGGUUUAUCUCUCAGUUCGAAGCAUGAGGAAACAAAUGAAAUUGAGUGAGUGUUUAUAAAAAAAGCCUGUUGAGUUCACGGCUAUAUGCGGUAGUUAAUUUUUUUUUGCUAAUAGUCGUGGAAAUAGAAUGCUAGGUUCUAUUUUAGUAAAAAAAAUAUCUCCUUAUAGAAGAACACCUUGGGCAAUAUAGUAAAAAUUGAGUUUCAUCUUCAACGGUUUUAGAGUUACAAGGAUUACAUACACUCUUUUUUUUUUAUAAGAACGUCUAAUUUUGAUGCCGAGGCUGAACGUUCUUAUAUUUUUUGGCGAUUUGAGGCUGAAACGUUCUUAAAGAUGUUCUUAAAUUUACCUGGUAUAG